AUGGCGACGGUGGAGGAGCUGAAGCUGAGGGUGCGGGAGCUGGAAAACGAGCUGAUCAAGUGUAAGCAGAGGCAGGCUGCCGCGGAGGAUGCUCACAACAGACCCAGGAUUGACAUAAUGAGCGCCGAGGUGGUGGAUUCCAACCCGUACAGCCGCCUUAUGGCUUUAAAAAGAAUGGGCAUCGUGGAUGACUAUGAGAAAAUCCGGACGUUUUCAGUCGCUGUGGUCGGCGUGGGAGGCGUCGGCAGCGUGACGGCUGAAAUGCUCACCAGAUGUGGCAUCGGUAAGCUGCUGCUCUUUGACUACGAUAAGGUGGAGCUGGCCAACAUGAACCGGCUGUUCUUCCAGCCGCACCAGGCGGGCCUCAGCAAGGUGGAGGCUGCAGAACACACGCUCAGAAACAUCAACCCAGACGUGGCCUUUGAGACGCACAACUACAACAUCACAACACUGGACAACUUCACACAUUUCAUGGACCGCAUCAGUCGCGGAGGGCUGGAGGAAGGAAGACCGGUGGAUUUAGUUCUGAGCUGCGUGGAUAACUUUGAGGCCAGGAUGGCCAUCAAUACCGCCUGUAACGAACUGGGUCAGAUCUGGAUGGAGUCAGGCGUGAGCGAAAACGCCGUGUCGGGGCACAUCCAGCUCAUCAUUCCUGGGGAGACGGCCUGCUUCGCCUGCGCCCCUCCGCUGGUGGUGGCCGCCAACAUCGACGAGAAAACCCUGAAGCGGGAGGGCGUGUGCGCCGCCAGCUUGCCGACAACGAUGGGCGUGGUCGCAGGCAUCCUGGUGCAGAAUGUCCUCAAAUAUCUUCUGAAGUUCGGCACGGUCAGCUAUUAUCUGGGAUACAACGCCAUGCAGGACUUUUUCCCCACUAUGGCCAUGAAGGCCAACCCGCAGUGUAGCGACCGCCACUGCAGGAGGCAACAGGAGGAGUUUAAGAAGAAAGAAGCCGAGCGGCCCAAGGUGGAAGCUGCGCAGGAGGAGGAGGAAGAGAUUGUCCACGAAGACAACGAAUGGGGUAUCGAACUGGUGUCGGAAGUGACGGACGCCGAGUUACGCGCCGCGUCUGGGACCGUCCCUGACCUCCCAGAGGGCAUCACUGUGGCGUACACCAUUCCAGCCGAGGAAACUGCCAGCGGAGAGACGGUGGAGGAGACUGAAGUGAGCUUGGAAGACUUAAUGGCUCAAAUGAGAAAGUUGUAGACGACGAUGAUCUGAAGAACUUUUUUUUUUUUUUUGUCUGAAUUCAUGCUACUUUUAACAUUCUCAUCCAAAAGUCUGCGUAUGAAAGAGAACUCUUGAAUAAACUAAAAGGCUGAAGACACACGCUGCAUGAAACCGGUUGCAGGCAAACAAAAAUCACACUUGGAAUGACAUCAGAUCCUCAUGACAAAUGCUCUUUAAUCUGUUUAUUAACGUUUUAUGUUGAGCGCGCCGACGCUUCGGCCGUGUGACAUUCUGCUACAGCCUCACUGGACACUUUCUCAAUAAAGUAUUUAUUAGAUU